AUGAAAAAAAGUGUCUUGUUUUCAACUCUUCUAAUGCUUGUUUUAUCAUGCAAAAACGUAUUUGGAAGAAACGUUGUUCAAAUCGUAAUUGGUUUCUGUCAAGAAUGUGCACAUAAUUGUUUGAAAAGAAAACGGGUUAUUGAUGAAUGUCAAUCAUUUCUUUGUCAUUGCUCUAUUAAGAGUAUUGGUGUUGGAUUGUAA